AUGAGCGUAUCUGACAAGUCUAACAACAUUCCUUCCGCUGACACCGUUCAAAUGGUGAUUUCUGACGUUGAUGGCACUCUUUUGGAUGCUCAUCACCGUUUCCAUCAACGUACCUACCGUGCCAUGAGCUACAUUCGUGAAACCCGCCCUGACUUCCCUAUUGUCUUGGCUACUGGUAAGCAACGCUCUGCCGUUGAAGCGAUCCGUGUCCCCUUGGGCUUGGAUGCCUUCCCUGCCGCUCACGUGAAUGGCUGUAUCCUUUACAACGAAGGCAAGGUUGUUUCUGCCGAAUACUUGAAGCCUGAAGUUGUUAUGGAGGUUGUCGAUGCUACCAAGCACAACUCCAACAUCGCCAACGUCGUUUACGACGACCAAAACGUUUACAUCUUGACCCCUGGUCGUGAAGAGUUGAAGAACGUCAAGCGCUUGGAAGAAAUCGGUGAAAAGGUUGUCUGGUCCAUGCCUUGUGAUGAGGCCAAGGCUAAGGUCUUGUCUGGUGAAAUCAAGGUCAUCAAGAUGGCUGUCUGUGAAGACCCCGACAAACUCGACGUUGUCCGUGAUAUCUUGAAGCCUUUCCCCAAGGACAAGUUCACCACUACUCAAGCUUUGGCUUACUGUAUUGAAUUGAUUCCCUCUAGCUGCAACAAGGGUACUGCUCUCCAAACCAUCACCAACAAGAUCCUUCCCCACAUCAAGAACGAGAACGUGAUUGCCUUUGGUGAUGGCCAAAACGACUUGACCAUGUUUGGCGUUGCUGGCUGGUCUGUCGCCGUCAAGAACGGUAUGCAAAUCGCUAUCGACAAUGCCCGUGCCAUCUCCCGCGUCGGUAACGACGAAGGUGCCGUCGGUGAAGUCUUGGAGCGUGUUUUCAACAUCCCCGAAAACUACACUCCUCCCGAGUACAAGUUUUAA